CUGGGAGGAGAAGGGGAGGCGCGGUCCCGGGCCGCUCCCAGCCUGAUGUCCCAGAUUGUGCCCUUUUAGCCGGGAAGCAUGGAGGUCAUUCAUGGCCGGCCCUACUGUUGCAGGGAGCUUGAAGGAGCUGACCUACUGUCAGACACCUUUUACUCUAACCAAUUGCACACUCCACUACUAACAGCUGCUCGCCCAACUGCCUCAGAGGACAGGUAUCAGGAAUUAAGGGAGUCGCUCCAACAAUGUAGGCUUCCAUGGGGCGCUGAAAGGGAAUAUGGCGGGAUGAUACCCAUAUCACUCCCUGAGGAAUACACGCCAAAAUGUGAACCUCCUUAUGGCAUGGGCAAAGGACAUCAGCAUUAUGGAUUUGGUGGAGCAACCUGGCCAAGAAAGCUUCCCAUUGAACAAUUCUAUUAUUUGACGCAGAACAAAAAAAGUGACAUCUAUGGAAAUGAUUCUUUGUUACCCAAACCACCUAAUUCAACAGUAGGAGAAAUCUGCUCCCCGUAUCCGAUUGAACACCCCUACCACACACACAUCUCUCGCGGUGCCAUGUUCCCGACCUUUACAUCACCUAAGGAUCUCUACACUGGCAUUAAAGCCCGAAGCCAACAGCCAUUUCCUCCCACUGUGCCCACGAAGCCUUAUGAUACAAAGAUUUUGAAGACAAGAGGGAAUCCUUACAGAUAUGAACUGCUUGAUUUUCCCAUGGAUUCAAAGAAGAAAGCCUUGAUUUGGCCAGGCCAGGGUGUAUAUUAUGAUUUUCCUAAAUGUGUUGGGAAAAAUAAACCAGUAUUCUACCCAAAACCUCCUAAAACCUUCGCUCCUAACACUUCUUUAAGUUCAUGGGACCCUAUUUGCUCUCUAAAAGAAGCCAACAUACAAAGAAACCUUGAGAGGUGCCACUGGAUCACUUCAUACACUCAUGAUUUUACAGGUCUGGGGCCCAUGAACCCCCUUGAACUGGAUGAUUACCAUGAAAAGGAGGUAGCAGAGUUAACUGGACAGAUAGGAUUUGACCCAGAGCCUCAAGAAAAAUUCCAUCCUGUCUUAAAACCGUCCAUACCCUUGGAAGGACGAAUUGCCCGACUGAUUCAGAACCGACGUCCUCUGGAGGCUACUGUCCAGCAAAGACCACCUUCCUGUCCAGAUUGUACCCCUAGAGUUUUGUGUACUUUUCAUACUUUUGUACCCAGUUCUGCAGAAAUGAUGGCACUUAGCAAUAACACACCAGCGGGUGUGACCCAUAAAAAUCAGAAAAUUGAAGACAAGAUUAAGGAAGAACAAAGCUUGCUAUCUACUUAUGCACUCCCACCUUGUUACCCAACAAAAGAUCUGACUAACAUUUAUGACAUAAAACCAUUUCCAAAAAUCACGGAUACUAAAAAGACAGAAGAUUUGUACUGGAGACAGCUGUCAUUAAAACCCCAACCUCCACCUUACUGUAACCCAAACCAUUACAUUAAGUAUGAACAUUUUAAACCUCCCGUACAUAACCAGUAUAUUAUGUGUCAAAAUCCUAUUAGCCUUAGUAAGCCUGGUAUUUUAAGUAAAUCAGACUUGGAAACUUUCAAUUUAGAACAUUUUUUAAGUAAGCCAGAAGAAGAGUUGACCUUGAACAUGGAAAACGACGAAGAAAUCAGACCUAUUGUGGGUUGGAUUCCUAGAGCUGGAGUGGCCAGGCCUCAGACCGACCUGUUGGAGCUUAAGAACUCUUUUUCCAAAAGUGGUGCACAAAAACGUUUCCAUAAGUCAAUUCAAGAAGACCACAAAGACCUGAGGGAUAAGGAGCAUUCAGGGAUGAAACACCAAUUCUAUGGCCGUAAUUCCUAUUAUUUCUAUAACUGA